AUGCCCAUCUCAACAUCGAAUGUUCAUGGCAAUCGUGCAUUUGCGAAAGCAGAUGUUCAUCAAGUAAUGCUAAAGAAUUAUCCAUUGCAAGUUCAAACUGUAUGUGACAAUGAAUGGCAGCAAAAAGAACGAAUUAGUUUGUUCUCCCAACUCAUCUGCACAGCACCAGACGGGAAUCUCGAAGGGAUCAACUCCAAUGCGUACCUUCUUAAGAGCUCAGGCUACGAGAAUGACUGCUAUACAACUUAG